AGUGAUCUUUGUCUCACUUGUCGCCUGUUGCAAAACACAGACCCCUCGACUAACAGAAGCACACUGCUCCCCCCUGAACUGGAGUGGCUCUGCAGAGCUCGGCGACUGAUUGUAGGGUACCGGAAGAUGCUGAACGCCCCGGCUGCAGAACGGAACAAGGAGCCCAUCCUGGCGGUUCUGCGGGGCUGCGUGGACCCCAGGGGGCCCCUUCAGGCCCUGGAGGUCUCGUCCGGCACCGGGCAGCACGUCGCCCACUUCGCCCGGGCCCUGCCCCACAUCACCUGGCAGCCGUCCGAGUAUGACCACCAGUCGCUGGCCAGUAUAGAAGCGUACCGGACCCACUACCAGCUGGACGGGGUCAAACCCGCCAUCCACCUGGACGCCUCCUCACCGUGGGACAGCUGGGGGUCGGGGUCCCUCCAGGCUGAGAGCCUCGACCUGGUGGUCAACAUCAACAUGAUCCACAUCUCCCCCAUAGCGUGUACCGAGGGUUUAUUCAAAGGGGCAGGUCACAUUCUAAAACCCCAAGGAAUUCUCCUGACCUAUGGGCCAUAUGCUGUGAAUGGUCAGAUCACCCCAGAGAGCAACGUAAACUUUGACCUCAGUCUCAGACAAAGGAACGCUGCGUGGGGCCUCAGAGACAUCGCUCUGCUCAGCUCCAUGGCCCAGAGGAGGGGUUUGUUCCUGGAGAAAGUGGUGGACAUGCCAGCCAACAACAAAUGUCUUCUGUUCAGGAAGGAGAGUUUGGUGUAGGAGACCUGAGGAGGCUUGUCCUCUGGGGGUUUAAAACGUGUUUCCAGUGACAGUCGGCCGUCUGUCCUCUGGCCGUCCGUCCUCAUCCACACGAAUCGCCAAGUUAUUCCAUUUCACAAUAUAUCGAAUGAGUCAUUCUGAAUGAAGAUAUUAAUACAUUAUGUAUCUGUUUCCAACAAGACUGUAGCUGGUUCUAACCAGCUAGUACAGACUGGUCAGAACCGGCUACAGAAUGCUUAGAACCAGCUUCGGUUUGGUUAGAACCGGCUACAGACUGAGUAGUACAAAAAUUCACUCAGUAAAUUAUUGACAUGAUUAUUAUUUUAUGUCACAUUACUUUUGCCAAUUCAGUUUUAUGCUCCUCCACAAUAUUGUUUUUCUAAUUAUUUCAAUAUUUAUUUUUACAAUAUAUAAAGCUACGGUUUUACUUUUGUUUUUCCACAUUACCGUGUCUCAAUAUGUUUUAAGUGUGAUCCCGUGUAUAGCACAGAGAAAACUGAACCUUUUCUGAAAGCUUGUUGAAUAAAAUCCUAACGCCUCGUUUCCACAU